AUGUUUAGUACGCAUUUUGUAAGUAAUAGGCGCCGUGAGCGCACUACUGGGGAAUUGCUCUCGAUCAAGCAAGGUGCCAAUGAGAGCUUGAGGGAUUAUUUUGGCCGUUUCAAUGUCGAGGCGGUCUCGAUACCUCGACUGCAGCAGGACGUGGCCAUUUUGCCUUUAAUGACAGGAGUUAAGGAGGGAUCACCCUUCCGGAACUAUCUGUGUCGAAAAUCCUAUACGUCUCUGGGUCCCGUCCUUGGCAAGGCCAAUGAUUAUAUAAGAGGGGAAGAGUUUGACAAGGCCGCAAGCAGCCGAGAAUCAGAAAAGAAAGAUGAUAAGCAGAUUAAGGAGAAAGGUCGCGAAGUGGACCGGGGCCGAGAUGAAAGAAAGCAAGAAUCAAACAUGGUCAAAAGAGGAAAUGACCGGGAAAGGGAAAGUGAGAAGUAUGACCGCGAUCGCAGAGACCGUGAAAAAAGCAGCCGAGAGGGGGGUGAACACAAGGAAAGAUUCGAUGCGUACACCCAACUUACCACCUUAAGAAGCCAGAUUUUUCUGAUGAACAAAGAUAGUGACAAGUGGCAGCGUCCAAGGCAGAUGUUUCAUAAGAACCGUGACAAGAGUAAGUGGUGUGAUUUUCACGGGGAUCACGGCCACCUAACUGAAGAUUGCCGGCACUUGAAGGAUAACCUGGAGGAUUUGAUAAGAAGAGGUUACUUCAGUCAGUAUAAAGCUCAAACCAAAGAGAGCGAUUUGGUAAAGCCAGCAAAUCGAAAUGUUCAGUCUCGGAUCAGCGAGAUUCAUGUUAUUAGCGGAGGUCCCAUCCAUGGAGGAAGUAUUAAUGGUGCGAAGGCGAGCUUGAAGGAAUUCAGGCAUCAUGUCAAUUUCAAUGCAAGUCUGCCAUGGAAAAAUCCGCCAGCAAUGCCAGCGAUGUCAUUCAUGCUUGAGGACGCUAAACAUGUCGUCUAUCCUCAUGACGACCCAUUGGUAGUAACACUGAAAAUCUCAAAUUGCCUGGUUCACCGAAUUUCAGUGGACGGGGGCAGUUCUGCAAACAUUUUAUACUUGUCAACAUUCGAAAAACUCAUGAUUGGCCGAGAGUUUCUGAAGCCGGUCAGGUAUCCGGUCAUCGGAUUCACAGAGGCAUCAGUGGUGCCAGAAGGAUUGAUUUCCCUCCCAGUGCGUAUUGGGGAAAAUGAUAUAGCCAGAGAUGUCAUGGCUGAGUUCCUAGUGGUGGAUGUUCCGGGAGCAUAUAACGCCAUCAUUGGGCGUCCUUUCAUUCAAGACGUCCAAGGUGUCGUCUCAACUUACCAUCUGACAAUGCUGUAUGUUUCCAAUGGCGGAUCAACAUCAAGGUUAAAGGGCAACCAGGAGAUGGCAAGGUCAUGUUAUUUGACAACACUAAAGUAG